AUCGCUGGAUCAAUAGGCGUUUGUCGGGGAUGGUCUUUCAUUCUCUUACUUGCUAGCCAUGUCUCUGAGGGGAGCAUGUCUAUACCUAUGUCACAGACCUAGAUCUCUCUUCCUCCCAUCGUUAGCUUCCCAGUAGGGACCCCCGCUGCUGCCAUGGCCCAAAACUGGCAUCCGGCUGUCCAGGUCGUCAUCAAUGGCCAUCCUCAAGCGCAAGGCCAUGUUCCCAGUGGGCAGCCCCCGCGCAGGAAUCGGCCGUUGGUAGUUGAUGAAGCUCUGCCGUACUCGCCCAUGUCCAGCUCGCCCGUCUUCGGUUUAGAUUGCAUCCUACGCCCUGACGUCGGUCGACCCCCCAAUACGACCUCCAUUAAUCACAUCCUGCAGUCGGGCCGGACGGCGCUGAGUGGACUGAAUGGUGAAAUUCAGUCAGGCCGAGAUGAAUCGAAUCGUUUAGAGACGUCUCGGGAAUACUUGCAGCAGUUGUUGGAUGGCGACCAGUUGACUGAAUUUAAAUUCAAACUGCCUAUUAGGACGGUCAAUCCUUCACAAUCACUUUCGGCUGCCGCCCAUGACCAUGUCGCCAGCAGCAACAAGCUUGGCUCUUUUGCGAAGAUGAUGUUGGAUGCUACGGAUAUAGCAUUCCGAUAUCCUACCCCGGAUGACGUGGAACCUCCACAAAAGCCUACCUCCUGGAACGAGAAGCAGACCUCGGUCGCUCAUAGACCUACCCCUACAUCCUCCAACCGACCGAGCCACCAGGCAAGUCAGCUGUCGGUAGUAAUUCCGGUGAAGCCUCUGCCGCCUCAUACGGAUGCGCACGGCAUGUCGAAGAGAAGAAAGCUUAAUGCCGAUGGGGACGAGAAUCUUAUGACAAUCCGCAUGAAAGAUCAAAAAGAGGAGGCCGAUGCUGCCCUGGUCAAAUUGCAAGACCUACUUCAUGAGAUUUUUGAAUCUGAGGACCAACUAGACCCUAGUGCAUCAUCUGAUGCGGUCGCUGAACGAACAGAUGCAGUGUUCACCACGGCUCACGCGCUAGAUGUCAGCGGCCUCAUCCUUUCGUCCGAUGCCCACACCCGGCUCCAGAAGGCCAUCAAGAAGGUAGUUGGCUAUAACCGACUUCAAGAUAUUCCAUCGGACUAUCUAAAUAGGAUCCAGAAGCUUUGCGAAAAGCCAAUCAUUGCUGCGCAGUCACUCGACUUGAGAAUCGACGACCCCUCGAAUGAGUCUGAAGCUCAGGAUUGGCUGAGAAAGAUGGAUGACAUACACAGUGCUCUCCUCGCCAUUGCUACUCUACUGCAAACAAUGUCUGGCUCUCAGACAGAGCGAGAUCUUUGUCCGGAGGAUUUGAUUGAGGCUAUCCCAAAUGUUUUUAACCAAACCUUUGAUCAGUGCAUCAUUCCUGCUGUCCAGGCACGUCCUGGAGGCAAGGACGCAAAACACUUUGAUUUCUUCUCUGCUCAGAAACGGGUUCUUGGUUCCCUAAUCCAACAAAGCAAACGAGUACUUGCUCUUUUUGCGGAUUUUCUCUCGCGGAUUGACGUCUCCGAGGGCACGGUCACGGCGACGGAAUACUUCGCAGCUAAAUUGAUAUUCGUCGAGAAUGCUCAUACGGAGAAGGAUUCUACGGUGGGCUACCAGAAAUACGAGUCUGUUCGACGCGGAGCUAUGGAUGUACUUGCUAAGGUCUUUUCCAAGUAUCCUGCUCAGCGGCCAUACAUUCUGGAUGAAAUUUUGGUCUCGCUGGAGAGGCUUCCGUCUACUCGGCAAAGCGCCAGGCAGUACAAACUUGCUGAUGGCAAGAACAUUCAACUUCUAACUGCAUUGGUAAUGCAAUUGGUGCAAACAACCGCCUUAGAUGUUCCUAGUUCACGGUCUUCCCGGAUAAGGCGUAAGCCACCGGGUUCGGCCGAGGACGAGGACGAUGAUGAGGUGCUUGCUGAUGGACAAGGGGUGGACGAUGACCAAUCGAAUAUCUCGAUGGAACAGCUUGCGACGAAGGUUAACCGCCUGUAUGAUAACGCAGCGCGCAGUGCUCAAUACAUCGUCAAAUUCAUCGCCCAACGGGCAAUGACAUCCACCAAGUCUGGCGACCAGCCCUUUCGAAAUAUCUUUGACCUUUUUACCGAAGAUUUGAUCAACGUUCUGGGCUCCACGGACUGGCCUGCUGCAGAAUUACUUCUUCGCAUCAUAGCCUCUCACAUGGUCAGUAUCACUGAACAUGACAAGGGUUCUGCUACUUCAAAGAGCAUGGCCCUUGAGCUUCUAGGAUGGAUGGGCUCUGCCAUCUCCGACCUCAUUGCGACUGCUCAACACCUGCUUCCUGCCAUGGACGAGGCUGAUAGUGACUUGACCGAUUCCCUAAGGCAGCUGUUCGAAGAGUAUUCUAAUCGUGCCUUACAUCCUCAGGACCUUGUUGUUGCUGAAGGCCCUUAUCGGAUGACCCUCGAAUAUUUCAUUCAGGACCGCAGCGUAGACAACCAACAGCUUGCUAGUGCUCGGGGUUUCUAUCUUACACAAUGGUCCAAGACCUUCUGUUCCGUUUACUAUAACUCUGAAGACAAGGAUGAAGUCAUCUAUGACGACGCGACGGAAGACCUGGUUGCACUCUUUGGGAAACUCUUCUCGGAUCCGAUGUGGCUCGAGACUCACAGGCAUUUCAAUACCGUGUCCACCGCACACGGAAAGUUCGCCUAUAUCCUGACCAUCUUGAACUCGGGAUUCUGUAAAGCUUUUGACACUAUCCUCAAAGUUUUGCUAAACUCCAUUGCAAGUGACCAGGCCAAAGUCCGGAGUCGUAGCUUGAAGAGUGUAAUCUACAUGCUAGAGAAGGAUCCGAGUCUUCUUGAUAGAGAUGCAUCUGUUAUGCGGGUCAUUCUCCAUUGUGCUACUGACGCAUCCCCAAUGGUCCGCGAUUCUGCAUUGUCCUUGAUCGCGAAAUGCAUUGUUUUGAAACCGAAGUUGGAAGAGGAUGGUUGCCGGAGCAUUCUGACAUGCGCUGCCGAUCCAACUGCCGGUGUAAGGAAGCGCUGCAUUGGACUGCUGAAGGAUAUCUACCUUAACACAUCGCGUACGGAGUUGAAGCUAGCCAUCAUGGAUAGCUUUCUCCAACGAACAGGUGAUCUGGAAGAUAGUGUGGCAACCCUAGCGCGGCAGACGUUCGAGGAGAUAUGGCUUACCCCCUUCCACGGGCUCAUCGACUCUGCUCAUGAUGGUCCGAAACUCAAGGUUGGUCUUGAGGAGCGGGUGACAUUAAUCGUCAGCCUCGUUCAGCGAAGCGAAACGGCGCUCGAGACCUUGAAUAAUUGCCUUAAGAAGGUCUUUUCCGAAACCUCCAAAACCGCAACUCUGAACUUCAAAGUAUGCAAGGCAAUGGUUUCUACGAUGUUUGAGAAACUGGUUGAAGGCAACGACUCAGGGAAAGAAUUCCAGCAGGCAUUGUUGCAAACAAUUACCGUCUUUGCAAAAGCCAAUGCGAAGCUGUUUCGACCUGACCAACUGGAGACUCUGCACCCUUAUAUUGGACACUUGACCACGGCCGAGGAUCUCUUCCUAUUUCGAUCUGUGGUUGUCAUCUAUCGAUGCGUCCUACCCUUUUUAUCGUCCGCUCACAACACUCUGUUGCGGGAAGUGCAGAAUGACCUUUUCAAGAGCGUUGCUAAACUGGCUCGCUCGGAGCUGAAUGAAGUGAUGGCUUGUCUUUGGACCAUCAACGGAGUUCUGCACAACACUGACAGGCUAGUGAAGCUAACGAUCUCCGUGUUGAAGCCAAUACAGCACUAUAAGAACAUCGAUCUUUCGGAUCCUGCGAAUGCGGCUGUCUUGGCCAGAGCCAAAAGCUAUAUUCGAAUUGCAGGCUGUGUUGGAAGACAUUGUGAUCUUGAAAAGUACGAGCCACAUUUCAAGAAUGCCUUUCCAUCAUGGAGCGGCGGAUCGGUGGCUGGCUUGAUGGUUGAUGCCAUUAUACCCUUCACACUUCCGAAGCAACCCCUUGAGCUAAGGGUCAUGUCUCUUGAGAGCUUGGGAUCGAUUUGCCAGUCCUGGCCAGGCCAGUUCAGUCGCGAGAGUCCAAGACAGAUCCUAUCUAUGGUGUUCAAGGAAGACAAUCCAAGCCUGCAAAACAUUGUACUGAGGUCAUUUGCCGACUUCUUCGCCAUGCACGAAGGCAAGGCAGAGAAGACAGUAAUGCCUUCUGCUGAAAUCGCCGAACAGGAAAACUCCACAAGGCUAGGAGGAUCUUUGAAGGCCAGUGAUAACGAUGGAGCUGCCGCGUUGAUCGCUCAGCACUUCUUACGGAACAUGCUCCGCGUUGCACAAUCGCGGCAAGAUUCGUACGCGCUGACUGCUAUCGAGCUGAUCGCCAGUAUCAACCGCCAAGGACUGGUCCACCCCAAAGAGUGUGCCGGUGUUCUGGUCUCCCUGGAAACGUCCACUGUUCCCGCAAUCUCCAAGGUUGCAUUUGAUACUCAUAAGAUGCUUCAUCAGCAGUACGAAUCGAUGUUCGAGAGGGAAUACAUGCGUGCUGUUCAGGAAGCAUUCUACUACCAGCGCGACGUGGUCGGGGACUCCAGUGGUGCAUCAAGCCGCCCAUAUGUCGCCAAGCUUGCGCCGCUGUUCGAAAUCAUAAAAAUCAGCAACAGUCGUUACCAGAGAAAGUUCCUCUCGAAUCUGUGCUCGAAAGUCAACUUUGAACUGAAAAAGCUUGGCGUCACUGCCGACCCGCCCGAGCAUCUCUUACUUGCACGGUUUGUGGCUCAGAACCUCGCCUUUUUCGAUUAUAAUCAGCUUGCCGAACUCGUGCCAACCAUCGGUUGCAUGGAGCGCAUUGUUUCUGCAACUGGGACUGUUGUAGCCCACGCGAUCGAAACGGAUAUCUUUUCUGCGAAGACGGAGCCCACUCUUGGAGAGGCGAUGCCUGCUCCUCCAACGGAGGGCCUAGGAAAUACAGCGCCCCUGGUACAGUAUAAUCCAGCAACCUUACGACUACUGGCUACCGCUGCUGCAUCACUUUCGAUGCUCUGGGAAGCCCGUACUUAUCUUCGCCGCCUCUAUAACGUCACAGCGCAUGCUCGCGUUAAAGAGGCCAAGGGUGCGACCAAGGAGCUCAACAAGUCAGCGACAAAGGUACAUGGAGUGACAGGCGACAGGUUCUGGGACGCCAUAGCUCGGAACAUGAACGCGUUGAGUAGCGAGCAGAGCAUGAUUGACAAGUGCCGCGAGUUUGCGACUUUGCUUGCCAUCGACGAUGAAUUCAAGGUCGGGGGCGAUGAGGACGCCGAGGGAGAUAAUUUGGAUGCGGUCACGGACAUGGAUGAUCCGGGAGCCGCUUGGGGGGCUGCAGCUGCGCCUAGGCCUGGGAAGCGAAAGAACUCCAUGUCCGCGCAAAGUCCUGUGAAGCGUCCUCGAGGCCGAAAGAGCGGGGCUGUGAAGAAACGCGCCAGCACGGAGCCCGGGGAGGAAUCGGACUGGAACUAGAAAGGUGUCGAAGCCGUUGAUCGGGUUGACACCAUGACCCUUGUAUUUUGGCUGUCCAUUAUCUAUCUACUGGAGGAUGCAUUUAUGGGACUGGAACUGGCGUUCGGGAUGCACGGCUUGCUUUGAACCGUGCGCCAUCGGCGACUUAUUACUUACACGGUGGCGGGCGGCGUGCCGGCUUCAUCCAUUGUUUCUUAUGUUUUAUGAGACGACCCUAUCUAUUCUUUGUGUAUCUCAGAUCAAUAACUAUCUACC